UUUCUGACCUUAAGACAUCUGUGACUGGUGAGCCGGGCUGUGCAGCAUGCCAUAAAAACAUUGUCUUUCAUUCCCCCGACUAGCCUUUUCAAGAAUCUGAAGACUGACCGCACAAUUUAAGUGGAGGGGAGGGCUAGUCUCCUGCAAUUAACUGAGAGGGCUUAUGGAGAAAUCAAUACAGCCUCCAGUAUCUUCUCCUAACAAAAUAUUGGCACAUAUCAGCAGAAUCACAAGCAACAGGUUUGUGAAGAUUAAGUCGAAAUGAAGCCUGUGGCAUCCUCAGCGCGGCUCUCUCCGCUUCCUCUCUGCCUCUGAGGGAGUUGGGAUCCAUUCGUUAUGUCUCUUCAUAUCAUUUUCAGUCAUCAUCCAUCCUCUCAACCACAUUCCUCCCAUUCUGGCGUAAUGAAACCGCCACAAUCCGUCUGAGUUCCGCUCGCAAGCAACAGGGUAGUAUGCAGGCUAUCCUGUCUAGUCUGAUCUCAACCAUAAGAAGAUGAGCAGCCACUACAAUCAUUCUCUGGCGGCUAUCAGUGGGAAUGACAAUAUUGCUCAUGCUCUGACACUGGAGCAAAAGACAGCUUUUGCAUUUGUGGGCAUGCUGCUGGUAUUUCUGGGUCUUCUCAUAGUGAGAUGCUUCAGGAUUUUACUGGACCCUUACAGCAGCAUGCCAUCCUCUAACUGGGGAGACGGAUUGGAGGGCUUGGAAAAAGGGACCUUUGAAUAUGCCCUGACAUGAGCCAACGCCCCUCCCUGUCGAUUCUUACCAAUACCACUCCGAAGCCUCUUUCUCCUCCAGAAAAGCCUUGCCAAGCAGCUGUGCCACCAAAUAUGCUGGGGUGUGAAAGUGUGACUCCUGGAUAUGUACAUAUGAUAUGUCUUCAUCAGGCACGUUUGUUAUGGUUUGGCACAAGGACCUAACUGUCCUUUUGGAACCUGACAGCUGUUGUUGCAAGAGGUGCCACAGAAUACAAUGAUGGAAAACAGAAAAGACAGUCUCAGGGAAUUAAAGAAUGGCUCUUUGAAGAUGAGUUGAAGAUUUUGGACAUGGACUUCAGAGAUUUGCACAUGUGGUUGUACUCUUUUUUGCACACAGUGGCAGAUAAGGGUUUAUGUCUAUAUGUUUUGUAAGCAUUCUAAGUGCAAUCUUAUCUUGUGACGUUACACACCUCUCAUCCAGGUAGCUGCUGUGUUUAGUGAAGAUCUGAAACAUGAAAGCAUUUGUGGUGUCUCAUUGUUUUGUAUGUUACAGCCUGACAGAUAGUGAUAGUGAAUAUAAAUGUAGCGCUCUUGAACACUCUGUCUCACUAUGUGAAAUUGAAGCAAAAAAAAUGGUGUCCAAGUUACUUUGUGAAUAUAUGGUGAUUGGGGAAAAAAGCAUUAGAACAUAUAAAAACAUCUCAGACAUAAGGAAAGGUAUCCUCCUGAAAUUUUAUUAGCUGUUUUUUCUGAAUUACUUUAAUGUCUAUUGUUAUUUCAGACGGGGCUGGUAUUUCUAAAUGAUUGUUUUUUAUUAUUAUUAAUUCAGAAAUAAAUAGCUGUGUUUUUCUGAAUUAAAGAGAUAUUAAACUCGCAAAUUCAGAAAAAAUUCUCAAGUAAAUGCACUACACUCUCUAUUACCCACCAAUUGAAAAAUAUUUCUUGUAUUAAACCACUCUACCAAUUGCUUGUGUUGACACUUGCAGCCCGGCCCUUUACUCUACUGUGGUCCAAAGUGUACAGUGAAACUCUCUGAUGUUUCUUGUGCUGUGCGUUUGCCUUACUGUGACCUUAUAUGGGGUUAUGUGCCUUCAUGACUUAAAUGACCGUUAGAUUAGUAGAGAUGGCUAACUGCUAUGAAGUGCUGUGUAUCAUAUGUGUGUAUGUGACACAUAAUGAAGUGCUGCCCCUUGCUGUCCACAUCUGUGGUUUUCAGUACUCA